UUCAAACAAAAAUACUUUUUUGUUCUUUUUUUCAAUAAAACCCAAACACUUUUUUUUUUUUAAUUUACUUAUAAUUAAUAUCAUACAGUUUUUUUGCACUACAAUUAUUAUAACCUAACUAUAAAUAUCUGUCAAUUACUUACAUCGUUUGUGUAUUGUGUAAUUGAAAAAAAAAAAGUAAACUAUGGCCUCAGCUGCAAUGCCUCCAGCAGAAGAUGACGAGUUGACGUUACCACGAGCAUCAAUAAACAAAAUGAUAAAAGAAAUUUUGCCUCAUGUAAGAGUGGCAAAUGAAUCACGUGAAUUAAUUCUCAAUUGUUGUACGGAAUUUAUCCACUUAUUGUCAUCAGAAGCAAAUGAAAUUUGCAAUCAGCAACAAAAGAAAACAAUAAAUGCUGAACAUGUACUUCAAGCACUCGAAAAACUUGGGUUUGGUGACUACGUUGGUGAAGCUGAAUCUGUACUAAGAGAUUGUAAAGCAGUAGCUGCUAAAAGAAGACGUCAAAGUACAAGAUUAGAGAAUUUGGGUAUACCAGAAGAAGAAUUGCUACGCCAGCAACAAGAACUAUUUGCUAAAGCAAGAGAAGAACAAGCUAUUGCUGAACAACAGCAAUGGCAACAAUUGCAAGCUGGAGUUGCUCAAAUGGCCUCAAUGCAACAAGUUGAUAGCGAACAGGAAGAUUAUUCUUAAAUAUUAAUGAGUAUAACUUAUACUUUGUUUUUAAAAUUUUUUUCUUACAUAAAAAAGUAGUUAUAUAAAUAAAUAAUACAUAGUAAUAAAUUUAGGUCUAUCGUAAAUAAGCUAUAGGAUUUUUGUCGGUCGGUAAACAACUCAGCCAUAAGCGAUUCUACCAAAAAUACAAUUUUACCCAGUCAAAGUCUGCCGCAACAUGUCUACCUAAAAAAUUCCCUCACCAAUAAAAUAUCCAUCGUCUUGAACUCUCUACCACUGAAAAAAUCUACCACGAUAUAAUCACUACAGAAAAAAAAUACUACCAAGUUGCAUUUAUGAAUAAGCUACCAUUUGAAAUCCCUACCAUCAACUUACGGAUAUAUAUUUAACAGACAAAAAAUUUAUUUUUAAUGAAUUAGAAAUUGUUUGGGAAGAUUUCGGAGUAUGAUUUUAUUAUUAAAGACUAAUUAAUUAAUGAGUAAUUAGCAUUUAGCAUACUAAAGCUAAAAUAAUUUAUAACUUUCUUCCCUAAUAGUUUACUAUCAAGUGAAUUAGAAACCAUGUUAGUUUUAUUUUCUAACGUGUUUACUAUUUGCUCGAAAAAGAUUAAAUAAUUUUAAAUUACUCAUUAAUUAAUUAGUCCUGAAUAAUAAAAUUAUACUCUGAAAUCUUCCCUAACGAUUCCCAAUUAAUUAAAAAUAAAUUUUUGUCUGUUAAAUGUACGUCCGUAAGAGGAUGGUAAGGAUUUUAAAUAGUAGAGUUUAUUCAUAAAUGGAACUUGGUAGUGAUUAUAUUCGUGGUAAAUUUUUUUAUUAGUAAAGAUUUCAAGAUGGUAGAUAUUUUAUUGGAAAGGAAAUUUUUUAGGUAGACAUGUUGCAGCAGAGUUUGACUGGGUAGAGUUUUAUUUUUGGUAGGGUUCGCUUAUGGCUAAGUUUAAUACCUGUCUUUUUGUCAAUACUAAAAUAUCUGUUAUUAUAAAUGUAGUUAAAGCCGAUGUGCCUAUGAUUUAUUUUAUAUCUUACAAUAAGCAAUAU